AUGGCUGUUCAAGCUGAGCCGCAGUACUUCACCAAAGCUCGUCGAGCUGGUCGAGUUGUUGUAGAAGAGCCACCAAAGCUGGAUCUCGAGGCCUACAUUGCGAAUUACAGAGGCCGAACGCGCUUCGAACGACUGCUACUCAUCGGAACUUCUUCCUCGUAUCUCUUCUUGGAAGCACUGAAAGCAGCUAUUGCUGAAGCCAAGCAAGGAACCGAUGUUCAGCGCUACGAGAAUGCUGUGUCAUGUCUUCGCGAGAUUGCCCCUAAUGAUACCGAUGCCACGCCGGACUUGGACUGGAUUGACAGAAUGAAGAAGCAAGUAAAAGGCGCAACUGACAAAAUGGAGUUGGAGUUGAAGGGCUACAAAAACAACCUGAUCAAGGAGAGCAUCAGGAUGGGGUACGAUGACCUCGGCCACCACUACCACCGCAUUGGUGAACUCUCAAAGUCCAAUAAAGCCUAUUCUCAAAUGCGUGACUUUUGUACCACGAAUUCUCACAUCGUGAUCAUGAACAUGCACCUCAUCAACGUCUGCAUUGACCAGCACAGCUGGUUCGCCGCUCAAAAUCACGUCCAACGUAUACGGGGUCAAUCAGGCAAUCAGAAGUAUCCUGAAGCUGAGAAGAACUCCGCCAAGCUGUCCGCUGCCUCGGGCCUCACAUACAUGGCCCAAGCAAAAUACAAGGAAGCCGCCGAGGAGUUCUUAAGCACAAAUCCUAGAAUGUCACAAACCAAGCUCGACGAUCCAGCGGACGAAGAGUCCUACAAUGAGGUUUUGACCCCUAAUGAUAUCGCGGUCUACGGUGGCCUCUGCGCACUCGCCUCGAUGACCCGCGAGGAGCUUCAAAAGCAAGUCCUCGACAAUUCUGGCUUCCGCAAUUACCUUGAACUCGAACCUCACAUCCGUCGCGCCAUAUCCUACUUCGUCUCCUCCAAAUACUCAGCAUGUCUGUCUAUUCUUGACUCAUACAAAGCUGACUACCUCCUUGACAUCUAUCUUCAACGCCACAUCCCCCAGCUCUAUUACGAAGUCCGCAGUAAAGCUAUACAGCAAUACUUUAUCCCUUUCUCUUGCGUCACGUUUUCAGCUCUUGCAAUAGCAUUCAAUACAGAUGAGCCAAACAUCGAACUCGAACUCUCCCAAAUGAUCAAGCGCGGCAACCUUGACGCUCGCCUUGAUCUCGUUGAUCGCGUGCUGCUGGGGAGAAAAGUGGAUAACAGAAGCGAAGUGCAUGCCAAGGCGUUGGCUACUGCAGAGGAAUACGAGCGUACGGCCCAUCUGCGCUUACUGAGGAUGGGCCUACUAAAUGCUGGACUUGAGAUAAAAGCAACGAAGGGGUUAGGUAACGUGGGCAGUGGUAGCAGUCAAGACGGGGGAAGCUGGAAUGGUGGCGCGGGAGAUUUGAUGAGUGGUGAGGGGCAAGACUUGAGGAGUGGGUCGGUCUUUAAUUAA